AUGAAAUUUCCAAUCGAGACUCCAAGAAAACAGGUGAACUGGGAUCCGAAAGUGGCCGUUCCAGCAGCAGCACCCCCGGUGUGCCAGCCCAAGGGUGCCACUAGUGGGCACCACGCGGCCCCGCGCCUGUCCGUUUCCUCCCGAGCCACGGUGGUAGCCAGGAUGGAAGGCGCCCCCCAGGGGGGCCUGCAGACCGUCAUGAAGUGGAAAACGGUCGUUGCCAUCUUUGUGGUCGUGGUGGUCUACCUCGUCACGGGCGGUCUGGUCUUCCGGGCGCUGGAACAGCCCUUCGAGAGCAGCCAGAAGAACACCAUCGCCUUGGAGAAGGCAGAAUUCCUGCGGGAUCAUAUCUGCGUGAGCCCACAGGAGCUGGAGACGCUGAUCCAGCAUGCCCUUGACGCUGAUAAUGCAGGAGUAAGUCCAAUAGGAAACUCUUCCAACAACAGCAGUCACUGGGACCUUGGAAGUGCCUUUUUCUUUGCUGGAACUGUCAUCACCACCAUAGGGUAUGGGAAUAUUGCUCCGAGCACUGAAGGAGGCAAAAUCUUUUGUAUUUUGUAUGCCAUCUUUGGAAUUCCGCUUUUUGGUUUCUUAUUGGCUGGAAUUGGAGACCAACUGGGAACCAUCUUUGGGAAAAGCAUUGCAAGAGUGGAGAAGGUCUUUCGAAAAAAGCAAGUGAGCCAGACCAAGAUCCGGGUCAUCUCAACCAUCCUGUUCAUCUUGGCCGGCUGUAUUGUAUUUGUGACGAUCCCUGCUGUCAUUUUCAAAUAUAUCGAGGGGUGGACAGCCUUGGAGUCCAUUUACUUUGUGGUGGUCACUCUCACCACAGUAGGCUUUGGUGAUUUUGUGGCAGGGGGAAACGCUGGGAUCAAUUACCGGGAGUGGUAUAAGCCCCUAGUGUGGUUUUGGAUCCUUGUUGGCCUUGCCUACUUUGCAGCCGUCCUCAGUAUGAUCGGAGAUUGGCUACGGGUUCUAUCCAAAAAGACAAAAGAAGAGGUCGGUGAAAUCAAGGCCCACGCGGCCGAGUGGAAGGCCAACGUGACGGCCGAGUUCCGGGAGACACGGCGGCGGCUCAGUGUGGAGAUCCACGACAAGCUGCAGCGGGCGGCCACCAUCCGCAGCAUGGAGCGCCGGCGCCUGGGCCUGGACCAGAGGGCCCACUCGCUGGACAUGCUGUCCCCCGAGAAGCGCUCCGUCUUCGCCGCCCUGGACACGGGCCGCUUCAAGGCCUCAUCCCAGGAGAGCAUCAACAACCGGCCCAACAACCUGCGCCUGAAGGGGUCGGAGCAGCUCAACAAACACGGGCAGGGCGCCUCAGAAGACAACAUCAUCAACAAGUUCGGGUCCACCUCCAAGCUCACCAAGAGGAAAAACAAGGACCUCAAAAAGACCUUGCCCGAGGACGUCCACAAAAUCUACAAGACCUUCCGGAAUUACUCCCUGGACGAAGAGAAGAAGGAGGAGGAGACGGAGAAGAUGUGCAACUCGGACCACUCCAGCACGGCCAUGCUGACUGAGUGCAUCCAGCAGCAGGCCGGGAUGGAGAACGGGCUGGUCCCCACGGACACCAGAGACCAGGAACUCGAGAACAACGCAUUACUUGAAGAGAGAAACUAA